CAGGCGCUCGCGCCCACGGAUACUACAUUCUUUGUGGUUUGCGUCGCAUACUUCCUGGGAAGUUUUCACUCAAUUUUCUCUUUUCUCUCUGAAGUUUUUUUAAUGCUUCAUUCGUAAGCCGAUUUAAGCUUUUAAACGUAUUAUCCGCAACGUUACGGAAAUACUUCACUUUUUAUCCGAAACGAUGGGAUUUUUGAACCCCAAUUUGGCGUCAAUGAUCCCGCUCAAUCUUCUCUUACUGCUAACUGCUCUAAUCGCGACCUCAACUGGGAACGAAGAAAACGGACUGGAUCCGUCACCCCCUUCGCCAUUGAUACUAAGCCUACUGGAAGGCGAACAGACGUCACUUUCUUGCCCCAUCAACAUGACGUCGAUGAAACCGGUGUCUGUCGUCUGGUUCCGCGUAGCAGACGUCAAGUUUAACUUGUCCAGCUACCUACCUCAAAGCUCGGACGAUCACGUGGUACCGAAGAAAGUUUACGCGUUGGUGGCUCCAGAACCUCCGUCGGUCACUGUGCUGGGAUCCAGUGUUGGACUAGUGGACGGUGCUCACUGGAAGCAGCCACCUUGGAAGGGCAGGGCGUUUUUUUCGCUGCUCAGUGACCCACCAGCUUUGCUCUUGAACCGUCUGAAUCAAACCGAUACUGGGAGAUACGUGUGCAACGUGUCCUACCGCGGUGACAACGCAACCGACGCCGGUGUGACCGUAACCGAGACCGACGUCGAGCUGUUCGUCGCAGCUCCUCAGCAGCCUCCUGUCAUUACGGACUCCCAAGGCUACCUUCUGCCUGCGACAGCGGGGCCUUACGCGGAGGGCGACACCGUGCGAUUGAAUUGCGCAGUGCCUGCAGGUGUGAACCCCAAAUUUUCUCGCUUCGCUUAUUUGUUAAUCAACAACAUUGUGUUAUUCAGCUUUUUUUUCCUUUAG